AUGGCGAAAAGGCGGGUUUACGUUAUUGGCUGUGGAAUGACUAAGUUCGAGAAGCCUGGUCGUCGAACCGACAUUUGUUAUCCAGAUAUGGCAAAGGAAGCAAUAACAAAAGCGUUAAAAGACGCAAAACUUCACUAUUCUGAUAUCCAACAAGCUGUUGCUGCUUAUGUUUACGGUGACUCAACGUCAGGACAACGCGCUUUAUAUGAAGUUGGAAUGACUGGUAUUCCAGUUUAUAAUGUAAACAACAACUGUUCAACUGGAUCAAGUGCAAUUUUUCUUGCGAAGCAAAUAAUUGAAGCUGGGAAUGUUGAUUGCGUCUUAGCAUUUGGAUUUGAGAAAAUGGAACGUGGAUCUCUAUCGGCGAAGUACUUUGACCGCGCUAACCCAAUGGAAAAGCAUAUUACAACAAUGGGAAAUAUGACUGAAAUAACUGGGGCCCCCAUGGCACCCCAGAUUUUUGGAAAUGCUGGCAUUGAGCAUAUGAAAAAAUAUGGAACCAAACCUGAACAUUUUGCAAAGAUUGCAUAUAAAAAUCACAAACAUUCAGUUAAUAAUCCGUACUCCCAGUUUCGCGAUGAAUAUACAUUAGAGCAAAUUAUGAAAUCGCCGAAAGUUCAUGGAAUACUUACAAAGUUGCAAUGCUGCCCGACAAGCGAUGGAUCAGGUGCGUGUAUUUUAGCCUCUGAAGAUUUUGUUCAUCGUCACGGACUCGAAAGUCAAGCAGUUGAAAUUGUUGGAAUGGAAAUGGCUUCCGACUUGGAAUCCACUUUUGAGGGAAAAAGUUUAAUGGCGAUUGCGGGAUAUGAUAUGACGAAAGAAGCAUCUCGUAGAUUAUUCGCCAAAACGAACUAUAAACCACAGGAUGUAAAUGUAGUUGAAUUACAUGAUUGCUUUUCCGCAAAUGAACUUAUUACAUAUGAAGCCCUCGGGCUUUGUGAACCGGGAGGAGCAGGCGAAUUGAUCGAUAGCGGCAAUAAUACAUAUGGUGGUAAAUAUGUUGUUAAUCCCAGCGGGGGUCUAAUUUCCAAGGGACAUCCUGGUGCCACCGGAUUGGCACAGUGCGCAGAACUCUGUUGGCAACUUCGUGGUGAAGCGGAUUUACGCCAGGUUCCAAAUUGUAAAUUGGCACUACAACACAAUCUAGGAUUAGGAGGGGCUGUAGUACUUGGACUUUACCGUCUUGGCUUUCCUAAUGCACGGAAACAAGUACGCAUGAAUCUUACCAAUGCAGGUGAGAUUACAGAUAAUCCCGACAAUUUCCAAGUAGCACCUUUAUUAAAGUUACUCGAACAAGCAAUGAAGGAGGAUAAAGAUAACUUAAUAGAAAAAGUCCGGGGCAUUUAUGGCUUCAAGGUUACAAAUGGUCCAAAUGGAAGUACUGCAUAUUGGGUCAUUGAUGCUAAAAAAGGAAGAGGUCAGAUUAUUUAUAAUGGAAAAGAUAAGCCUGAUGUAAUCUUUACCAUCAGUGACAAAGAUGUUGUCGAAUUAAUUUCUGGAAAACUUGAACCACAGAAGGCAUUCUUUCAAGGCAAAGUCAAAAUUCAAGGCAAUAUGGGACUAGCAUUGAAACUAAUAGAUCUUCAGCGUUCAGCUCAAAACAAAUUUGAACAAAUUCGAUCCAAGCUUUAGAGUAAGGAAAAAGUAAGUUUUCUAGGAAGUAACGGUAAAGGUGGUUACAUAAUAUGUUUAUAUUUUGUUAAAAGAUUUUAUUUUUCAAAUAAUUCGGUGAACGGAAUAAAUUUAAUGGUCAGCUUCAUUUAAUGGGAGAUGUAAAUCAAAGUUGAUUAGAUAAAAAUA